AUGAAUUCAUAUAUUGUACCUAUGCUUCGUACAGGGUUUGUAAGGCCACUGGCUAGGCCAUUUUCAAGUACGGCAAUCGCAUCGAGCACUAAAUCUGUGAAAUUUCUAAAAGCUCAACGGAGGAAGCAAUUGAACGAGGCCAAGCAGAAUAAGAUCAAAAAUUCGCUGGAUGAUGUGGAUCCUGUUCUAGGGCGUCCCGACACGCCUUUUAUAAACCGUGUUAUGGCGGAGCUACAGGAACCAAAUGUCUUGAUUCCAGGAUAUGAACGGUCGGAAGUUGAAAAACUAUUGGUUUCCAUAGAGGAAACUAAGAAGACACAGGCAAGUUUGGCCGGCCUAGACUCUUUGGUUGAAGACCAGUCGAUCAAGGAUUUGAACAACAAGCAUGAGGCCAUAUUUCGUAUCCUUAACAUGAGAAACGCCAGUAACGCAGAAGCAUUGAAAAUGGCGAUUAAGUUGGCUAGAGAAGAAUUCCAAAGGUUCCCUGGUGACACGGGUUCCAGUGAAGUGCAAGCUGCUGUCAUGACUGUAAGGAUUCAAAACUUGGCUAAGCAUGUCAAAGAAAACAAAAAAGAUUUCAAGAACAUUAGAGCUCUAAGAAUGCUAGUCCAACAAAGACAAAGUAUUUUAAGAUACCUAAAGAGGGAUAAGCCUGAUAGAUAUUUCUGGGCUAUUCAAAAACUUGGUCUAUCGGACAAUGCCGCUAUGUCUGAGUUCAAUAUGGACAGACGUUAUAUGCAACAGUACAAAUUCUUUGGUGAUGUUAUAUUGAUCAAAGACUCUAACAAGGUUGCAGAUGCUAAGCGUAAGGCUGCACGUAAGGAAAAGAUGUUCAGCUCUGAACAAUAG